CCAACUUAGCAUCUUGGCAGGACCUUUGCGAAGCAAAAAGCAGAGCCCCCCAGUCCAAAGGAAAAAAAGAAAGAAAGAAAAAGAAAAAACCCUGAGAGCGAGGAGCCGCAGCAGGAGCAGAGGCAGCGGCAGCGUUAGCCCUACAGGCGCGGGGAGCGAGCAGGGAGCCGCUGUAACCGCGGAGAGCCCGGAGGCCAGGUGCUUAGCCGCCCGCCCUGCUUGUGCCGGGCGCCCAGCCGCCCCGGCACCUCUGCUCCUAGGGGGCUGACCGGGUUCCAUUCCGCGGCUGCACCGGGCACUGUAUGCCUCUGUUUGGCCAUGUCCUACCCUCAGGGCUACUUGUACCAGCCGUCUGCCUCCCUGGCUCUCUAUUCCUGCCCGGCUUACAGCACCAGCGUCAUCUCGGGACCUCGCACCGAUGAACUUGGCCGCUCUUCCUCGGGCUCUGCUUUUUCUCCUUAUGCUGGAUCUACCGCCUUUACCGCUCCUUCCCCGGGUUACAACUCUCACCUCCAGUACGGCACGGACCCAGCUGCCGCAGCAGCAGCCGCCUUCACUUCGUACGUGGGCUCACCCUACGACCACACCCCGGGCAUGGCGGGGUCCCUAGGAUACCACCCCUAUGCUGCACCCUUGGGGUCGUAUCCCUAUGGGGAUCCAGCUUAUCGGAAAAACGCCACCCGGGACGCCACGGCAACGCUCAAGGCCUGGCUGAAUGAGCACCGCAAGAACCCGUACCCCACCAAAGGUGAGAAGAUCAUGUUGGCCAUCAUUACCAAGAUGACCCUCACUCAGGUCUCCACUUGGUUCGCCAACGCACGGAGGCGCCUCAAGAAGGAGAACAAGAUGACCUGGACCCCACGGAACAGGAGCGAGGACGAGGAAGAAGAAGAAAACAUCGACCUGGAAAAGAACGAUGAGGAUGAACCACAAAAGCCUGAAGAUAAGGGGGAGGCCGAGGCCCCAGAAACAGGGGGAGAUCAGAAGGCGGCUCCUAUAUGCGAAAGGCUGGAGGGGCCCCAUACCCCCGCAAGCAAGGAGGCCGAAGGAAACCUGAGUGACUCCGAUUUUAAAGAGUCCCACGAGGGCCGGCUGGACUCUCUCCCAGGGGGUCCCAGGGCUGGCGGCCCUUCUCCCUCGGGCCCGGUUGCAAGGCUGGGCGAGGAGCCCUCGCCGCACUAUCCCCCGGGAGCUCCAGCCCCACACCCAGCCGGAGAGUUGCCCUCUGGCCCCAGUGGGCCUUCGGUUAUUCACUCGCCGCCGCAGGCUGUACUAGCCAAGCCUAAACUGUGGUCAUUAGCUGAGAUCGCCACCUCUUCGGACAAGUCCAAGGAAGGAGGCGGCGGAGGUGGUGAGGGCCCUCCCCCAGGGCAAGGGCCCACAGCCGGGCAAACCCUGGCAGGCAGUCGGUCGUCGCCCUCCCCGGCGCGUUCGCCCUCCGCUCAGUGCCCAUUCCCGGGCGGUGCAGUUCUGUCCCGACCUCUGUAUUACACUGCCCCUUUCUAUCCCGGCUACACGAACUAUGGCUCCUUUGGCCACCUGCAUGGCCACCCAGGGCCGGGGCCGAGUCCUGCCCCAGCUCCUGGUCCGCAUUUCAAUGGAUUAAACCAGACCGUGUUGAACCGAGCGGACGCUUUGGCUAAAGAAACGAAAAUGCUCAGAAGCCAAUCACAGCUAGACCUGUGCAAAGACUCUCCCUUUGAACUGAAGAAAGGUAUGUCCGACUUUUAACGCGGGCUGCUUCGGCCCCGGACUUUUCUAAUUUAUUAAAACAUGGCCUUGGCAGUUAUUUUUCCACCACCAAGAGAGAAAAAUAAAAUAAACCCUCCUAUCCAAAAGUUUAUAGUUUAUGGAGAUGACUGGCAUAAAAAUGUAAACAUCUCCACCAAAAAUGUCUUAACCAACGGAAAAGAAAAAAAAUUUAAAAAAAAGGAUUUGUAUUAAAUCUUAUUCUGUAUAUUUAAUGUAGCAUUUUGUAUUUAAAUUGAUAAUACAAUAUCUUUGAAGUAAAUUAUGAAAUCAAGACA